AGAUUAGAUCCCACUCCUUAACUAGCAACCCCUACCAUGGCCGCGCCAUUCACCCCGCUGAACCUCGACGAAGAAGCAAGACUAUACACAACGAAUGCUGAACGGGAAAAAUAUGGACUCCUUGCUACACUCUUUGGCAUCAUUGUCGCUCUGGACUAUCUUGAACGGGCGUAUGUACGAGAUUCGGUUACAGCAGCCGAAGGUACUCUCCAGCAUGUACAAGGUUACUAUCACAAUAUAAGACCAUGCUGAAGCUGGUUGGCGAUGCCGUGCCUUCAAUAGAGGAAUUUAUGAACCGAUAUCGCAUGGAUCAUCCAGCAGCUUUGCAUCGACUUAGAGUCGGAGUUCCUGCUACGGUGGAGCAUUCUAGUGAAGCCGGCCCAGAAACCGGUAAAUGGGUGGCAGAGACCACGCAGAGUUUUAUUACGUUCAUGGACGCACUUAAGCUUCGGCUGCGGGCCAAAGACCAGCUGCAUCCCAUCUUACAGGAACUUGUGACCGGUUAUGCCCGCUUUAAGGGCAGUAAGGACUGGGAGGGUCGAAGUAAAAUGGUUGGAUGGUUGAUCACGCUGAAUGGCAUGAAAGCCUCGGAAGAGAUCACCGAGGAGCAAUCACGACAGCUUCUCUUUGAUAUUGAGCAUGCCUACGCAGAGUUCUUCAGGAGCUUAAGCAGCAAAGACUAGAUGCACCUGGACUGAUUUCUUAGGAUUGCUUCUCUCUGCAUGUAGAAACCUACUUGGGAGCUGUCUAUAUAUACCACUGUAUUACUACGGCUACACUGUUUACUCUUUUUCUUCUUCCUAAUUUUGUAUUGUGAGUACUUUACACACAGCCUAGUAUCUACAUUUGUUCCUUUACAUAUACAUCGCCCAUUGUCGUUUGAAU